AUGGAGUCUCUAAAGCACUACAUCCCCUACACCCACAUGAUCGCAACAGUCUUUGGCCUCAUCGAGCUCGGCCUAACAUGUUACCUCGUAUCACCCUGGUGGCGAGCCCCCGGCAUCUACGCCUUCAUGCUCUUCAGCUCCGUCUGGACCCUGCUGGCGCUCAUCUACAUCGCCCUCUUCCCGCCUUACUUCCCCAAGAUGUUCCAGCGCACCAUCGCGCUCGCGCUCGAGUGGAUCACCAUGAUCUUCUGGUUCGCCGGUUCGAUCGCUCUGGCCGUCUGGUUCGGAUCUCCGAGCUGCGGUGCCGAUGUCUUCUGCGGAUGCGUCGAGGCCGCCACCGCGUUCGGGUUCUUGCUUUGGGUCACGUUCUUGUUCAUCGUCAUUGUCGAUACCAUGGCUACGCUUAAGGGCAGGGCGAGGAGCCAGAGGGCUAAGCCUGUUGUUGGUGUUUAA